UUUCGCGCCAAAAUUUUGUUUCAUUGUUCCUUCGUCGCGGACAGUGAGUGCAGUUCUGUUUUAUCUCGGACAUCAAGAACGAAAAUAAAUAUAGAUGAAAAUUUCAUCGAUAACCAAAGUGUGAUCAUGGUAGCUGUGGGUGUUGGCGCCAUGGUAGGAGCCGCAGGUUUCUAUCUUUAUCGACAGCUGUUUGGAGACAGCGGUCGUACGUUUCUACAACAGGAUACUGGCGUACAAAAUGCGUCCAACCGACAAUCCAGGAGGAGUAAUCCCCACUGUUCUCAAGUGGCACUCAGCGUAACCACUGAGGCUGAAACAGAUAAAGUUGACAACGUUCUGGAAUUUUCACCAGAGAACGAAACCUCUGAAGAGGAGACCAGCGAUGCUGUGACUCUUGAAUAUAUAGAUUUGCUAAUUUAUGAUGUCACCUCACAUGAAGACAGCACUAAGGCAUAUGGCUUGCUUUUGGAAUUGGUGAAGAAGUUUGGUGAUGAUGACGACAUACUAUGGAGACUAGCAAAAACAUGCUAUGGUUUGGCCAUCCAAUAUGAACGUAUGUCCAACAAGGAAGAGUACAAAGAAAUGAUAUAUAAAGGUGUUGAGUAUGGCCAGAAGGCCAUAGAUAUUAAUGAGUGGAACGGUAAUGCACACAAAUGGUUUGCCGUGUGUGUGGGAAUAAGAGGGCAAUUACAAGGAGUUACAGGAAAACUAAUGGACAGUCAAUUAUUCAAAAUUCAUCUAGAUAAAGCUUUAACUAUUAACCCUACAGAUCCAACUCUUCAUCAUCUCCGAGGCAGAUAUCACCUUGAGAUGUACAAGCUCUCUUCUGUCGAGCAGAUGAUAGCCACCACAUUGUUUGGUGCUCCACCAGAGGUUUCUCUGAGGACUGCUCUCUCAUCAUUGUUUGAAGCAGAAAAACACAAUAAGAAGGGAUGGAAAGCAAAUACAUUACUGAUUGCUAAGUGCUACCUGGAAAUCCCUAAUCUCCAAAAGGGUCUCGAUUGGCUCAAAAUAGCAAAGAAAAUGCCAGUUCAUAGUUCCCAGGAUGCAGAAGCUGAUGAGGACAUAGACAUAGUUUUGGGGCUGUUUUUCUUAAAUUAAAAAACAGUUAGUAGCAGUCGUGGGACUGCCGA